GAGCACCAGACGAGCAACACAAGGACACACACAGACCUUUGGGAAUUUAAACAUCUGAGAACAACAAAAAUAUCUGUUGCUGUUUACUUAUAACCUGGAUCAACAUGAAGUCCGGUCUGUCCAGUGCUGAGCAGUGCAUCAAAUACGCCAUUCGCCUUUAAUUUCAUAUUUUGGCUCGCAGGUACAGGAGUUUUAGCUGUUGGUCUCUGGCUGCGUUUCGAUGAAAGAACUAAAGAACUCUUUACUGCAGCAGAUUCCCCAUCUGUGUUCCUCACAGGGGUCUAUAUCCUCAUUGUGGCAGGUGCCGUCAUGAUGGUGGUCGGGUUCCUCGGCUGCUGUGGAGCAAUAAAAGAAUCGUCAUGCAUGCUGGGAAUGUUCUUCGUGUUCCUGCUCAUCAUUUUUGCUGCAGAGGUGGCCGCUGGAAUCUGGGGAUUGUCCAAUAAGGAAAAGGUCGUGAACGAUAUCCAGGAUUUCUACAAGCAGACAUUUGACAACUACAAAAGCACAAAACAGGAAGCGCUGAGGGAAACUCUGCGAGCAAUUCACUAUGGAUUGAACUGCUGUGGAAAAACAGGACUUCCGAUUGAUGGAGUAUCUGACAUCUGUCCCAAAAAGGAGGGAUUGGAAAUCAUUGUCACAACGAGCUGCCCAAGUGCUAUUGAGGAGAACUUCACAUCUAGGCUUCAAGUGAUCGGAGGAGUUGGGAUUGGCAUUGGGGUGAUCAUGAUCUUUGGCAUGAUCCUCAGCAUGCUGCUGUGCUGCGCCAUCCGACGAACCCGGGACAUCGUAUGAGCUGCCCUUACUGCAACAGCCUGUUUUCUGCUCUGUAUUUAUCUGACUGUGUGUGUGUGUGUGUGGGGUGGGGGGGUGUAUAUGUAUUUGCAAAAUCACUCCGAUAAACUUCUAACAAAGCCCAGCAUUAGUCAAACACUCAAACUGUUACAUGUCGUUUAUACACUGAGUGUAAUAAUGAAUUGCGCUAGAGGCUGCUUUUAAUUUCUUUGGUGUCUCGACUAACGUUCAUUUGCCUCUUUGAAUGUACUUGCAAGCUUCUGAUAUUCUUUUGUAACGUUUUAUGUGGCUUAUUUUAUGUACCUAUAUGGGUGUCUAGAGAGACAGUACAGUAACACCUAGUAAAUUACCAAUAAAGUUGAUAACUAAUUGACUAAA